CCACCGAUUUCCAUCGAAAAUCCACGAUUGCUUUCGAAAGGCCCGAACUCCGUCCUUCGGCCCUCGGGUUUUGUCUCCUUCCGAAUACCCGUGACAAGGAGAUCUCUACCAAACACGGUAAACAACGGCUGGUCCUGACGUGGGACUACCGUACUAGUGCAAAGUUGCCAUGAGCUAUUCUAAUCCACCGAAGGGGAAAGGCGUGUAUUUUCAGCAACAACCCCAUCCACAGAGACAUCGCUAUCCUCAACAGAGGGCAGACGAAAUAGCGAAUCGUCCUCGAGCGUUUAUACAACAACAAGCACCACGGCCUCAGCACCCUGUACCAUCGCAGAGCCCACGUAUUCCAUCCCCUUCUGUCAGCCCAGUGGCUGUCAACACACUCACCCAUGACAUGAACAAGCAAGGGGCACCGAGCCGGCCUGCGAUGGCCGCGUCCCCCCAGCAGGGGAUCUUGCCAAACCAGCCCAACCCCAGCGCACCCCCCAUGAUGAAUAUGGGCCAAGUGCGCUUCCAGGCACCACGGCAAGCACUGCCGCGAGCUUAUCAGCCACAAAUCCCGCAGCAGGUGUAUUCAGUCCGUCAUCAGAACCAAGCGCAGAUGCAGGGGAUGCAGCAGCACCCUCAAGGUGGUGGGCCAGCCUCCCAGCAAGGUGCCAACCAAGCACAGAUGAUGCAGUCUAGUGCAGCGUCGGGACAAUACAUGCAGCAGCAGGGGGCACCUCAGUUUAUCAUGACGGGGGCAAUGACGGGCCCGAUGAAUAUUGUACCACAGCCACAGAUUACUCACAGGCCAUAUCAGCAAACUUAUCCGACGGUGUACCAAGCACAGACCACGCCACCGUAUUACAGCUCCCCUCCACAACCAGGUGUUUGGUUGAAUCCGGCACCAGCUUCAGCUCCAAGGCAGGCGUUUACCCCACAGCCUCCUGUCUCGAGAUCGAAUAGUACGAGGGAAAGGAAGCUUAUACGCAUCCAAGACCCUAAUACAAACCAAGAUAUCACAGAUGUCCUCCUGCGUGAUACGUCAGGGUCUAGCUCUCCCCAUUCGGGUCGUUCAAGUGCAAAUGUCACUCCCCCAGUGUCCACGUCAAGUGAGGAUGCAAAGAGAAUACAGGCCGCCUUUGCAUCCAAAGUUGCGAUGGUCGCUACCGCCGGUGACCCACAAUCCGACCUACCACCACCCCACAGAGUACCUCCACAGUCCGCGCCUCAACAGCCUCAAACCCAGCUGCCUCAACAACAGCAACCACCUCCUCAACAGGUACCACAACCUAUACCACAACCUGUACCACAGCAACCACCAAUGCAGCCAGGGCAACCGCCAGUUGUAGUCAUGCCUGGUGGGCAGACCGUUCCUGUGGUACCUGGAGGAAACUUCCCAGUGGCGGCUCCAGGUGCCGCACCCGUGGCCGCUCAGCUUCCUAGCCAGCCAGUGGAGCCAGCAGUAGCGGAAGGAGCCCCCAGUACAGUUGUCGCAGCAACGCCUGUGGCAGAGGCAGUCCAACCGCCCAGGCCUGUCCCACAAGCAGCAGCGAUGCCAGCACCUCUACCGGUUCAACAACCUGCGCAGGUGCAACCGGUUCAGGGGACGCCUGCCCAGCAUGUACCCCCUGAAGCAAUACCUGCAGCUGUCCAACCUCCAGUACCAGUUGUUACCCCUGCAGGUCCCCCAGCCAAUGUGCAAGCUGCUCCUGUCCAAGAAGCUACAGCAGCAGCACCACCACCACCCUCUAAACAUGAACUUGCCAGUGCAAACACUGCAUCCACUAUAGGACAAGCAUCCCCAUCAGAGCAAGAGGUUGCUGCUCCUGAUGGUGCGGCAGUGCCUCCAGUUGUACCACAAACUGUGGCACCAACGACGGAAACAAAUCCCAAGCAAGUGGACGAUGACGCCAACCAAAUAAGUGCAAAUAACCAAGCAGUGCAACAGUCAACGCCGGCAUCCGUAGUUCCUCAGCCAGAGAGCAAAGAGGCUGCUUCAUCCCUUCCAGAAAGUAAAGACGCUAAGAAGAAAAGUCAAAAGAAGAGAUUUCAAGAACUGGACAAAAAGACAACAAAAGGCUCAGAUGAAUUUGAUGCUUAUAAGACAGAUGAUGUCCAGGAACCCACCUCAAGUCAGGAGAACCUUGGAAAGGAAGGCGAACUGGAGCCGGAAGCGAAAGCCUCGAAGGAACCAGUCGAAGGAACCGUGCAAGAUGUUACCCCAUCAGAGCAACCUAAGGAAACGACAACUCAGCCACAAGAGGACAAGAAAUCUACAGAAAAGACUGAUGAUACGCCUCCUAGUGAUGUGGCCAAGAGGAAAAGUGAGAAAGAACCCUCUGUAGUUAGUGAAAAGGAAUCGGAGCAAACGGUGGUUCCUGACACGAGUGCCCCAACCAAGGUGGAGAAGGAGGAGGAGAAAUCGGAUCGCAUCGAUCCCUCAGAGGAUAGAGAGAAUGUGAAUGAGGCGGACAAUGUGGAGUCUGAGAACUCGAAAAACAAAGAAGGAAAGCCAAACCCCAAGGACAAUAAGAUGCAAUUGAAGUAUGCCUACAGGGAAGACCAGUGGAGCCCUAACAAUCCAGAGGGCAAGAAACAAUACGACCGUGACUUUCUCCUCCAGUUUCAGAAGGGAUGCACGGACAAACCUGAUGGGCUUCCAAACAUUCCUGACAUUGUUCUGGACAAAGCCGUUGUUAUGCCAUUGAACCUGAACCAACAGCAAGGCGGAAACCAGAAGAGCUCAGACUUCAUGCCACACUUUAUGAAGUCACCAAGAGUACAGGGCAAGCAACCCAACUAUCCAACCGGUCAGGGUAGGAGGUCAUCUCGAGAGCCCCUCAAGGUGAUCCAAAGACAAAAAGAUACAGCCGAGACUAAACUCUCGACAUCAGAUAAGGCUUGGAAACCUGGACACAAGAGGGCGCCAGAAGAAGAAAAGGAUGGAGAGGAUGUCAAGACACAGGAAUUGUUCCGCAACUUCACAAGUAUUCUGAAUAAGCUGACUCCUCAGAUGUUUAACAGACUGACUGAGAAAGCACUACAACUACCCAUUGAUACAGAGGAGCGGCUAAAAGGCGUUAUCCAGUUAGUGUUUGAAAAGGCAAUUAGCGAGCCCAACUUUAGCACGGCCUAUGCCCACAUGUGCCAGAGACUGUCCCAACUCAAGGUGCAAUCAUCGACAAACCCAGGACAGCAGGUUCAGUUCCGUCCAAUCCUACUACACAACUGCCAGCAAGAGUUUGAGAAGGAGAAGCAGACAGAGAUUGACGAGGUCCAGAGGAGAAAAGAAAUCUCUCAGCUUCCUGCCAAAGAACAAGAAGCUCAGCUAGAACUCCUGGAGGAGAAGCUUUACAAGGCUAAGAGGAGAACGAUGGGCAACAUCCGCUUCAUCGGUGAGCUCUUCAAGCUGAAUAUCCUGACCGAGAACAUCAUGCACGGCUGUAUCAUGAAGCUGCUCAAAGCGAAAGACGACGACUCGUUAGAAUGUCUAUGUAAUCUCAUGUCCACCAUUGGCAAGGCUCUUGACCAUGAAAAGGCCAAGAAUCGGAUUGACCAGUACUUUAACAAGAUUGACAAGAUCAUUGCUUCUCAGGCCAAUCAACCUAGGAUACGAUUUCUAAUGCAUGAUCUUGUAGAUUUAAGGAAGGAUAACUGGGUACCAAGGAGGCAGGAGAAUAAACCGACUACCAUCGACGCCCUCCAUAAAGAAUGGCACGUCAACGAGGCUAAGAAAGCUGUAGAGCUGAAGGGUUAUAAUGGUCCGAGCAGGAGCAGGGAGCAGGCUCCCCCUCCACGUACGGUCACGCCCCAGGCCGAUGACGGCUGGAACACAGUACCAACUUCCAACAAGACGAGAACACCUUACGAUCCAUCAAAGCUUAAGCUAACAAGAAUGACAAAUGUUGACGAGAACAUUCAGUUGGGCCCAGGCGGGCGUGGCUUCAACAUGUGGCAAAGAGGUAGCAUCGGUGCUGGUAGCAAGAACAAAUCAACGACGGAGUCGGCUUCGUCAUCGUCACAAGAAGAACAAGCACCAUCUCAGGCGAAUCGGUUCUCAAUGUUGAGUGAAGAUGCAAAGAGACCAAUGAGUAGAGGAGGUUCAGGCGGAUACAGCUCAAGAGACUCGAGAGGUAGGGGUCAGUCACCGAUGAGUAAACGAUCGAGAGAAAGAGAUAGGGACAGGGAUAGAGAGAGGGAGAAGGAAGCAGCCAUUGCUGAGGUUCAAAGGAUCAGUAGACCUGCAAGGCCAGAGCCAGCUGAACCAAGAGGAUCUAAAGAGAUUGCUGCACCUGUCAAACCAGAGAAGAAGGAAGAGCCUACCAUGCCUGAUUCCAAGGUCAAGCAUACCUCAGUAGCAACUGUCGAGGAGUUCCUCAAUCUCAAGGACUUUGCUGAAGCAACAAGGUGCGUCUCUGAAUUGCCAAGCAAGCAGAGGCAUAUCUUUGUGCAAUCUGCGGUAGACAAUGUAAUAGAGAAGAAGCAGGACAUGAGGGAAUCGGUUGGCGUUCUCUUCCACUCGCUAUUAAACAGUAAUCUAGUAACAAAAGAGCAAUAUUUAACAGGAAUUAAAGAUAUGGUGGAGUUUGCAGAAGACAUGGCAAUAGACAUCCCUAAGAUCUAUGAGUAUCUUGGUGAGAUAAUGGGUGCUACAGUAAUUGAGAGGGCGGAGUACUUAGAGCUACAAGCCACUGCAGUUAUGCCUCUAAAAGAGUUUCAGACGGCUGGUGUGCUUUUGGCUGAGGUCCUCAGGACAGCUUCAAGAAGAAUUGGUGCUAGUGCAGUAUGUCAUAUAUGGCAGCAAUCUGGUCUUAGAUGGGAAACCUUCCUCCCCGACGGUGAAAAUGUUCAGGAAUUUGUGCAAAAGAAGGGUGUAGACUUCACAUUAGAUGGUGCAAGCGCCACUGACAAUGGCCUUAACAGUGUCCAAGGUGACUGGGUAGCCACGUUUAACAGAGGACUUACGAAUCUACUUAACGAGAAACCAGAUAAUAAUAAGAUCUUUGACUGGAUAAAGUCUAAUGUGACUGACACACACAAACAGCAUCCUGAAUUCAUUCGUGCCUUAGUUACUUUAAUCUGCCAGCAUGCAGCAGAAGGUGAAGGGCAGAACUGCCGGAUCGACCCUGAGAUUCUGAAACAACGAGGUCCGAUACUACAGCGAUACAUCGAUAGCAAGCGCCCUCUGGAGCUUCAAGCAUUAUAUGCUGUCCAGGCGCUCAACCAUUCACUACAUAGCCCUCCAGGUCUGCUACGAAUCUUAUUUGACGUUCUCUACGAUGAAGAUGUAGUAUCGGAGGAUGCGUUCUACGACUGGAAGAAGAGUGAGGAUCCCAAGGAGAGCGCAGGGAAGGGCGUGGCACUCAAAUCCGUGACGAGUUUCUUCACAUGGCUAGCCGAAGCCGAUUAAUGUUGAUCCAUGCCCCCGACGUGUGAGGGCGCUGCGAGGGAUAGAUAAUGAACUAUUAACGAUUUCUCCCAAUUCAAGAAAAAAAUGAUAAAAUUGAUGAAAAGAUGAGAGUCAGAGGUGAUCUUUGUCUUUGCUAUAUGAUAUUGUUAUUAUAUAUAUGAUAUAUAGGUAUUAGAUUUAUUAUGAUAACUGAAGAUUUAUUUGUGUUUUCAUGACAUGGAAUCCACUCAAUGGGCUAUUCUAUUCAACAACCGUGGGUGCUGUUAUUCAUUGGCCUGUGUGAAUAUCGGCUUACUCAGUGGAUGGAUUGGUCCUUCUGUGCAACUCCUUGAUGGUGCGGAAGCGUCGAUAAACCGUAAAAGGAAUUUAAAACGUUAACCCUCAUGCAGAUGAGCUCACAUAGCAAGAAGUUUUGUAGAUACAUGUUUAUCCCUUCAUCGCAUAUAAACAUUCAAGUGCGAAGCUGCAUCCUGAAUGCUGUUGACGACAACCGAACCUGGUCAAUUUUUUCUUUAUUUCCGCAUGAACUUGUAAUGAAGUCACCAAUGAAAUUAACUGGAAUCAAUCCAACUCAACCCUGCCUUUCAAUUUUUCUGCCUUUUUUCAUUUUUUCCCCGUUUUCUAUGAUUUCAAAAACGAAUGUGCUUCCAUUUUAGAUUUUUCAUCUUUGACACAAGAGUAAGCCGUGCAUUGAAGUCUUGUUUAGUAUACUUUUUUUGUUUCAUUUUCUCAAUCUUCGAUGUAACUUUCACAUGUUCACUGUGAUUUAAAUGAUGUGUGUGUUGGGAUUUGCCAAACUCAAAGCUAACUGACAUGCUUCUGUUUUAAGAUUCCCCAUUUCGUAUCUAUAACCAAGGGGUUGGUCUCUUGUUAUUUGCAUGGGGGACAAACAAGCAGCAUGUUAUAUAUUUACUCACCUUUUCUACUUCACUAUUUUUCACAAAAUAAUGGUCCAUGGACGUUUUAUUGUGAUGAUUACAUAACAGAGAUGUCGUGUAGCCUUGUUCGUCUUCAAAAGAAUGAAUAAGGUUGAACGUGGCGUAUUUGGAGAAUUCUGUAUUGCAAUUCACUUCACUAAUUUAUGAUAAGUAUUUUGUAUGUAAAUAUUAUUAUUAUUGUAUGAAGAUGUAUAUGUCACCCAAGAAUAUGAUGAUGCUUGCUAUGCAUACGCGAUAUAUUAUGGAUGUCUUUGAGAUAUCCAAUCCACUGUUUUAUGGAGAAAGAAAUUUAAUAAUACGCCCUGUCAUUAAUCAUCAAUCUGAAUACUAUCAUCAACUUCAAGUUAAAUAUAGACUGCAUAACGAAUGAUUUUGAUAUUUUAUGGUGGGAAUAAUUGCGAGGUUAGGGAAAUAUUGGUUGACUAAGUUUUCAUAAAGAGUAUGACGACUCAACUUGUUCUGGGUUGUGUUUUGGUGAAAGUAUUUCAAUUUGCUUUAGUUCUUCAGAUAUAUAACAUUGCUAUGGCUGCAGCGAUUGUGAGGAAAGGACUGAUUUAAAAAUACGGUUUGCAAUGAUCUCCAUCUUGAUGAAUGAAAUCAUGUUUGAUGCAGGUGUAGAAGUUUAAGUGAUCAAGCAUUUGUGGGUUCCAUCUGAGAGCAUUUCCUCGGGAGCAUUGCUACUAAUUCUUAACAGUCCAUGGACAGUCCUACUUAUGUUCAGAUGAUGGGACGUGUCAGUGGGAAACCUAAGAUGUUAGAUUCCCGACUGUUUUGAGAAUUGACCCAACCAGUGGCAAACGGUGAACCGAAGGAGGCAAAUGAUUGGAGGGGCACUGUAUUCUUGUGAACAAUGCUGUGCCCCACCAAUGCUUUGUCUCCUCCGGGUCACGGUCCACCUCUGGACCCAACUCUCCUGGCAUUCAUCCAAACCACGGAGAGGCAUCGAGUUCAUCGUACUCGGAUGUCGAGGGUGGUAAAACUUUGCCCGUGUGAAGUUAAUGAUUCCUUCUUACCGGGCAACCUUCCUAUUCACGCUCAUCCCUGUACGUGAAGGUGAACUAGAAAAUAAGCUGUCAAAUGUUAAAGAGGAUCGGGUUUACUUUCCUACUAUCUUUGAAAGAUUUCUGAAGCAACUGAUGUUUAAUAUGUUCUGAUUGGAAUUUAUCCGUCUUUAUUAGAAUCCAUGUGUCAUGAAUUUCUGAGUCGACUGGAGAAAAUAUAGAUGAAAAAUGAAUUGUUGAUUUAUUAUUACAAAUAUUUACAUUUCCUAUCCAUCCUUGUGGUGGCUAUUAAGUUUAUUUUUGUUUCAUUUGAUGAAAAGCAGUAAAGAUUUUAAAAACAAAAAGAAGUAUGUUGAUGGGAGAGAAAGGAAACUCCCGUAAGAAAAAAAAAUAUGAAAAAUGGUAAAAAGUUUACAAAUUUUAUACAACAUUGAAGUGUGAAGAAGAUUAUUUGAAGAUGUAUUAUUCUAUAUAAAACUAUGUAUUGAAAUGAAUACGGUGACACUUUGACAAAAAGAAAACAAGAAUUAUGAAGUUAUUGA